GUUUUAGAUAGGUUUCGCCCUCACUCCCUCUGUCUCUCUCUCUCUCUCACUCUCUAUUGCGGCUAGGGUUUUCUCUUUUUACUGUCGUUUCUUUUCUGUAUCUAACACCGGAGACUGGAUUUAUAGAUAUAUGUAUACGCAUCUGUUGUGUUUAUGGAGGUUUUGAUAAUCUAGGGUUUUUCUUGGUCGCCCGAAGAGGUGAAGUUCGUGGAGUGUCGAAGGGUUUUUUUUGGGAAUUAUUCGGAAAUGGCGACCAUGAACCCUUUCGAUUUGUUGGGAGAUGACGCGGAGGACCCGUCGCAGCUGAUUGCGGCUCAGCCGCAGAAGGUCGCUGCUGCGACGAAGAAGGAGCUGGGUCAGGGUAAGCCGGCCGCAGCGGCUGCUCAGCAGAACAAGCCCGCUAAGCUCCCAUCGAAGCCACUCCCUCCGGCUCAAGCUGUGAGGGAGACAAGGACUGAAGCUGUCCGUGGCGGAGGUCGUGGAGGUGGACUUGGUUCUGGGCGUGGUCGUAGUGGAGGUGGACUUGGUUAUGGGCGUGGCCGUGGUGGAGGUGGGCGUGGAUAUGAUCGGGACUCUGUCUUCAACGAGAAUUCGUACAACAGUGGAGGUCCUGCUGGUCAAGGUGCUCCUGAAGAUAGAGAGGCUGCGAAAUCCUCUGAAAGGCGUGGCUAUGGUGGACCUCGUGGUCCUCACCGUGGUGGUCGUUUCGGUAAUGGAGAAGUUGGUGAUGAGGAGCGGACUCGUAGGCCGUUUGAACGUCAUAGUGGCACUGGGCGUGGAAAUGGAUUUAAACGUGAAGGGUCUGGCCGCGGGAACUGGGGAACUCCAACUGAUGAACUUUCUCAGGUGACCGAGGAAGUUGCUAAUGAGAAUGAGAAGAGUCCGGGUGACGUGAAGCCUGUGGGGGAGGAAGAUAUGACUGAUUUGAACAAGGAAACCCCUGCUAAUGAACCUGAAGAAAAAGAACCUGAGGAUAAGGAGAUGACUCUUGAGGAGUACGAGAAGGUCUUGGAGGAGAAGAGAAAAGCACUCCAGGCUCUUAAGACUAAGGAAAGAAGGGUUGAUGUCAAAGAGUUUGAAUCCAUGCAACAGAUUUCAAACAAGAAGGGCAAUGAUGAUGUUUUUAUCAAAUUGGGAUCCGAGAAGGACAAACGCAAAGAAGCUGAGAAGGAUGAGAAAGUGAAAAAGUCUGUGAGCAUCAAUGAAUUCUUGAAGCCUGCUGAAGGCGAAAGGUACCAUGGCCAAAGCGGCAGGGGUCGUGGACGUGGUCGUGGUUCUAGAGGAUUCAGUGCAAGAGAUGGGACAAGCAAUGUGCAAGCCCCUGCCAUUGAAGAUCCUGGGCAGUUCCCAACGUUGGGUGGAAAGUGACCCCACUUCCAAUCUCGUUGGUUUUACUUAUUUAUUUUUCAAUUUUGGUUUUCUUUCGGAUAUUUUUUCCUUCCUUUGGGGACGAAAGAUACUAGAAUAAUGUGGUCAUGUUAGAAAAGAUUUCUUCAGUUUAUGGUUUAAAAUGUAUACUAUUGUUUCAUGUGUUCAUUAGUUGGCUAUGAUAUUACAGACAACUGUUAGGACUC